GCGCCUAGGAUUCGGAUCAGUGUGGCGUGAGAAGUGCUGGUGUGAGCGACGAAGAAGUGUUUAUACCAUGGCUCCUUCUACCCACGUCCUGCACGCUAUUCCAACCUGGAUCGAGGAGAAUAAAAAGUUCUUCUUGCCGCCGGUAUGCAACAAAAUGAUGCACGGCGAUGGGCAGCUGAAGGUGUUCUACGUCGGAGGCCCCAACCAGCGCAAGGAUUUCCACCUGGAGGAGGGCGAGGAGUUCUUCUACAUGGCCAAGGGCGACAUGAACCUCAUCACCCUGACCAACGGCGCCUUCAAGGAUGUCAUCAUAAAGGAGGGAGAGGUUUUUCUAUUACCUGGCAAGAUCCCACAUUCCCCGCAGCGAUUUUCCGAGACAAUAGGCCUAGUCAUCGAGAGAGAGAGGAUGAAAACAGAACUUGAUGGUCUCAGGUACUAUGUAGAAGGCACAACAGAGUCAUUAUUUGAACGCUGGUUUUACUGCGAAGAUCUGGGAACUCAACUUGGCCCAAUUAUCAAGGAGUAUUUUGCUUCCGAACAGCACAAGACUGGCAAACCAGUUCCAGGAACCAUCCCCGACAACCCUCCUUUUGUCCCGGAUGCUGCGAGGAAGCUGGAGGAACCCUUUCCUUUGGCCAAGUGGCUCGCCAAACACAGCGCUGAGUCAGUCGAGGAAACACAUUCAUAUUAUUUAAUUAUCCUUUUCUCCUGGAGCCUGGGGUCCCCGCUACAACACUCAAAAGGUCAGGAUUCGGGCCUCGGACCAGUUGAGUAG